GCCCCCUUCCCCAUCAUGCUCAGCGGCGCAGCUUCUGCUUCCGGCGGGAGAGUCGGGGACAAGAUGGUGCCUCCGGUGCAAGUGUCUCCCCUCAUCAAGUUCGGCCGCUACUCGGCGCUGCUGGUAGGGGUGGUCUAUGGAGCCAAGCGGUACGACUACCUGAAGCCCCGAGCUGAAGAGGAAAGAAGAGUUGCCGCUGAGGAGAAAAAGCGCCAGGAUGAAUUGAAACGUAUCGAGAGAGAACUGGCAGAAGCCAAUGAUGACAGCAUAUUGAAAUGAACAGGUCACGUUGGUCCUUAUUUCCAUCCCGGGCAGUGGAUUAAUAAAGAUUUCAGUGAUGCAUCUA